CUCUGCCAUUCGAAAGAUAGAAAUGAGGAAAAUCCUUUAGUUGGCAGUCAUACCUCUUCGGGUUAUGCAUUUCCUCAAAUAGAGACUAGUCCAGAAGUUUCAUCUUUAUGGGCAUUAUAGAGGGGGAAUCGAACAGUCCUCCUAUGAAAGGCCAUAAGUUUCACCAGUUUUUUAUAUAGAUUCUUGCAGGCACUUUUCUAAUCAUUACUUCACCCACUUUAUUCUCUUCCACAGCCCUUUAUUUACCCACUUUCCUUCUUCCUUAUACCAUAACCCCUUCAGCUCUGCCCUUGGCUCUUGCAAAACGAUGGCAACUAUUCCCAGCAUGAAACGACCUCUCCUUUGUAGUUCUCUUCUCUUUCUUCUUUUCUUCUGUCAUCACUCUUCUUCCCAAAAGGACUGUCCAAACUGUGGCUCCAUACAGGUCCCAUAUCCUCUAAGCACAAACCCCAACUGUGGUGACCCAGACUAUUCACUCCGCUGUGAUGGCGACUCCCAGAAACUCUACUUUGAUGGCCUUAAUGGGAGCUCUUAUCUUGUUCUCAGAAUCAUGGCUUCAUCUCAAAGGAUGGUGGUGCAACCAUCACCAUGGCUGCCUGGCACAUGUGUUACUCAAGACAUGCCAGUGAGUGAGGGCCUCUGGUUAAACCAGACACGCCCCUUCAAGAUCACCUCAUCCAACACAAUCUUCCUCUUCAACUGUUCGCCUCGCCUCUUGGUCUCACCUCUCAAUUGCACACCUUCUAGUCUUUGCCACCACUACCUGGAGAGCUCAGGUCAUGUUGACAGAAAGCGUGCUCUUCAGUGUGCAAGUGGUCUUGAUCCCUGCUGCACUUUCGUGGCAGGUGGUAUGCCUUCUGCAUACAAGAUUCGACUUCACAGUUCGGGUUGUAGAGCAUUUAGAAGCAUCCUUGGUUUGGAUCCAGAAAAACCUCCAAGUCAAUGGGAAGAAGGAUUAGAGAUUCAGUGGGCUCCUGCUCCAGAACCAGUUUGUAAAACACAACUUGAUUGCACCAGGGAUUCCAAAUGUUCUCCUGCUGGUGGAAAAGGUCUCUUGCGCUGCCUCUGCAAUAGGGGUUACUACUGGGACCUUGCUCGGGGUACUUGCCUGAAAAAGGAGAAAAACUCCAAAUUGGCCAUUAGCCUGAAGGUUUCAAUAGGAGUAGUUUCCUUUUUCUCUCUUGCUGUAGCAAUUGCUGCAGUCACAGUGAGGAGAUCUGGGAAAUUUUCUAACCAGGAAAAGCUCGUCAAGGCAAGAGAAGAAAUGUUGAAGUCAAGCAUGGGUGGGAAAUCUGCAAGGAUGUUUUCCCUGAAAGAGGUAAAGAAAGCAACAAAUGGGUUUUCUAAAGACAGGGUUUUGGGAAGCGGGGGCUUUGGAGAAGUAUACAAGGGUGAGCUUCAUGAUGGCACCAUUGUGGCUGUCAAGUCAGCCAAAGUUGGCAACCUCAAAAGCACUCAGCAAGUACUGAAUGAAGUUGGGAUCCUUUCUCAAGUCAACCACAAGAACCUGGUUAAACUACUGGGUUGUUGCGUGGAAGCUGAGCAGCCACUGAUGAUCUACAAUUACAUUCCAAACGGGACCCUCCAUGAACAUUUGCAUGGUAAGCGUUCCACUUUUCUGAAAUGGGAUACCAGGCUGCGAAUUGCUCUACAAACUGCUGAAGCAUUGGCUUAUCUGCACUCUGCUGCACACACCCCCAUCUACCACAGGGACGUGAAGUCAACAAAUAUACUUCUAGAUGAAGAUUUCAAUGCAAAGGUGGCAGAUUUUGGGCUAUCCAGAUUGGCUGAGCCAGGGCUAAGUCAUGUGUCAACUUGUGCUCAGGGAACACUCGGGUACUUGGACCCUGAGUACUAUCGCAACUACCAAUUAACAGAUAAAAGCGAUGUUUACAGUUAUGGGAUUGUGAUGCUUGAACUGCUGACUUCUCAGAAGGCAAUCGACUUCUCCCGGGAGCCAGACGAUAUAAAUCUAGCAAUUUAUGUGAGCCAACGAGCCAGUGAUGGUGCAGUAAUGGGAGUUGUGGACCAGCGGUUGCUUGGACAUAAUCCUUCUGUUGAGGUGAUAACAAGCAUAAGGCUCUUCUCAGAGCUUGCCCUUGCCUGUCUGAGGGAGAAGAAGGGGGAGAGGCCUAGCAUGAAGGCCGUGGUUCAAGAACUUCAACGCAUAAUCAAAUUUGUGGAUAAAGAAGAGGUUUUUAGUGAGGUUGAAAUAAUGCAAAGCAAGACCCUUAUUAUGAGUUGUGGUAGGAUACAGAAGCUAAAGUGAUUCCAAGAUGGAUUUGGGUGGGGGGUGGAAAGACAAAAGAAAAAGUUGGGGAUCAGAUGCUUACUUUGCACAGAAAGUAUGAAAUGAUCCAAAAGACAUGGAAUUUCCGGAGAUGGGUGACUGGAAUCUCUUGGGAUUUACUUGGAUUGCACACUUGGGCCUGGGGGGAAAAGCAAGGUUGCUUUAGUGAAAUGGGGAAGGCAUUUUGUAUACAAAGUAUGAAUUGAAAAUUCAGACUUGUUAAAUGGAUAAACCAUUACUCAGUUGUUUUAUAAUUUCUUAUUUGUUGUGCCCAUCAUUCACUCCACUGCUUGCAUCUAGUUUGGGAAAGUUGUCAUUAUGCUUCACAACUUCUCCAGUUUAGUGGUACUUAUAUACGUGGUAGCUAUAGGUGUCCUAAUGGGGGAAAUGCUGUAGUUUCCUCCUGGGGUUACUUCUUAGAACAGCCACAUGUAGUGGACAAAUGCCCUUUCAACUUUUUUCUGAAUAAAUUCCUGGUGCAACAAA